AUGUCACAUACCAUCAAAUUCAUCAUUACCCUCGUGUUAGUUGUAGCUCUUGUGGCUUUGGUUGAACCGGCCAGUAGUUCUUUUAACUCUUCCUCGAGUAGUAAUUCACGAGAAAGAUACAUCGUAUUCCUUAAUUCUCAAUCCGGGACCACCAAGCAUUUUCGAUGGUUAAAAAGAACCUUAAACAGAUCAUCCCAAAAACUAGAAGUCACUGAUUUUUCGGCAUCAGCAAUUGAUAAGAAUAUGGUCAUGGACUUUUCGGUAGAUGGGAAAGCAUACGGUUAUACUACCUGGUUCAGUUCCAAAUUUGUAAAAGAGAGGUUAUCCAAACGUCAAGAAGUCCUUAUGAUUGAAAAAGAUUCGCCAGUAAAGAUCAAAGCUACUCAAAAGAACCCUAAUCCAAAUUUAGAUCGUAUAGACCAAGCCAAAUUUCCGUUGAAUAAACAAUACACCUUUCCUGAUUCAGCCGGAGCCGGCGCUGAAGUAUACGUAGUUGACACUGGAGUUUUGGUCAGCCAUAGUGAAUUUGAAGGACGUGCAACAUUCGGUGGUGCUUUCUGUAGCGGCUGUCCCAAUACCGAUGACAACGGACAUGGUUCUCACGUGUCGGGGAUUGUUGCCGGUAAAACCUUUGGAGUGGCAAAAAAGGCAAAGAUCAUCGGUGUCAAAGUUUUGGCAGCUGACGGUAGUGGAACAAACGCGGAUGUGAUAAAUGGUCUAAUGUUCGUUCUCAGUGACCAUAAGAAAAAGAAUAAUAGUGCUGUAGUCAACAUGUCCCUCGGAGGUACUUUAUCGUCGGCCGUUAACUUGGCAGUGCAAAGCCUUACUGGUAGCGGUGUACACGUUGUUGUAGCUGCUGGUAAUGAGGCUACCGAUGCUUGUGGGUCAUCUCCCGCCUCCGAACCAUCAGCCAUUACUGUUGGUGCCACUGAAGAUACAAAUGACUCCGUCGCAGACUUCUCAAAUAUUGGUAAAUGUGUUGACCUUUUCGCGCCAGGUCGAAAUAUUCUUUCGGUUGGUAUUGGCAACAAUGAUGACACCGCAGUAUUCUCGGGCACAAGUCAGGCAACACCUCAUGUCGCCGGAACUGUGGCUUUGAUUAUUGGAGAGAGUGGUAAUUUAAGUCCCAAUAAGAUGGCAACAACUUUAAUUAACUUGGCAACCAAGAAUGUCUUAGUAAACCUUCCGAAUGAUGGUAGCCCAGACGAAUUCUUGCGACUUGAACAAAUUUUAUCGUCUGAUAAAGAAGGAAAAAUGCUUUAUUAUCAAAUGAAAUUUAAUGUACCAGAUUUAUUUUAUGACAAGUAUGAAAUAAAGAACUAUAAACUUGGAACAUUUAAAAUUGAUUUCAUUUUGAUUGAAAAGGAACUAAUUGAUGGAAAAAUGAAUAUUUGCUUAAAAAUUUUUGAUGCGAAAUCAUCUAAAUAUGAAUAUGUAUUCCAAAAUUAUAAGAUUCAGAUUACAUUAUAUCACCGUCUCUUGGAACAAGUGACGAGAAAAAUUGGAAAAAAUGACAUAUCUAUAAAUAUCGAAAAAUCCGGCAUCAUUUUGGGACAAAUGAAAGAUAAAUGCGUUACUAGAACUCCUGCUAAUUACCUAGGAUCCGAAUGUUUUCUUGAGGAGGAAAAACUAGAAAAGAUCUUGCAACGGAUAUCCGAUAUUUUUGAAAAUGAACAAAAAUGCAGUU